UGUUGCAGCAAUUUGCAAAUGUCUGAGUAAAUUUUUCCCUUUUUUUGUCCGAAUAAAUAAAUAAAGAACAGAAGUCUAUGGUUUUUUUCUAUCUACUGUCCAUUUCUUUAGUCUUUAUUCAUUGUGCUGUUGUGCAAAGUAGUCUAAUUGCAUGUCAAUUUCACCAGAAGUUGAAUCUCAUAUGAUUAAUGUGAGAUUCAUUCUUGGCAAAUCUCAAAUAUCUAACAUAUAAAGUUUCAAACUUUUUAUUAAUCAUAUUUGAAAGGAUUUGAAUUUCACAAUCCAAUUGCAUUCCUUACAAUUUACAUUGUCAAAGGCAGAGGAUACUAGCAGGACAUACUUACUGAAUAUUUAUGCAGAAAUGGAAGCUGAUAUCAGUGAGAAAUUGUUGUGUGAAGUACAAGAUGCGGAGGAGGGUGAUGAAGAAGUGAAUUUCAAGGACAAAUUAUGGAACGAGACGAAGAAAAUGUGGGUGAUCGCUGGUCCUGCCAUGUUUACAAAAUUUUCGACGUUUGGAGUAACUGUUAUUAGCCAUUCAUUUGUUGGUCAUAUUGGAUCUAAUGAGCUUGCUGCUUAUGCUUUAGUCAGUACUGUCCUCCUCAGAUUUGGCAAUGGCAUUCUGAUGGGAAUGGCAAGUGGAUUAGAAACUUUAUGUGGACAGUCCUAUGGUGCUAAACAAUAUCAUAUGCUCGGGAUUUAUCUUCAAAGAUCUUGGAUCGUCUUGACAGUAACAACAACCCUGCUUUUACCACUCUAUAUUUUCACCACGCCGAUCCUAAAAGCUUUAGGCCAGAAAGAAGAGAUAGCAAAAGAGGCCGGGAUCAUUUCUUUAUGGUUAAUACCGGUGACUUAUUCCUUCGCUGCAUCAUAUACAUGCCAAAUGUUCUUACAAGCACAAAGUAAGAACAAGAUUAUUACAUACUUGGCAGCUUGUACCUUGGCGAUCCAUAUUUUCCUCUCCUGGCUUUUAACCAUGAAGUUUAAAUUCGGAAUUACCGGUGCCAUGAUAUCUACAAUUUUGGCGUACUGGCUUCCUAAUGUUGGUCAGUUAAUGUUUGUAACGUGUGGAGGAUGCAAAGAAACUUGGAAAGGUUUUACAUGUUUGGCAUUCAAGGAUCUUGGGCCUGUAAUCAAGCUUUCUUUGUCUUCUGGUGCCAUGCUAUGCCUUGAAUUCUGGUACAGCAGUAUACUAGUUCUACUUACAGGAAACUUGAAAAAUGCUAUGGUUCAGAUUGAUGCUCUUUCUAUAUGCCUUAACAUCAACGGUUGGGAAAUGAUGAUAUCUCUUGGUUUCUUAGCUGCAGCAUGUGUACGAGUGUCAAACGAGCUGGGAAGAGGAAGCGCGAAAGCAGCAAGCUUUUCAAUCUUGAAUACAGCGACAACAUCGUUUGUCAUUGGAUUCAUUCUGUUUCUGUUCUUUCUGUUCUUGCGCGGACGCCUGGCUUACUUAUUCACGGACAACCAAGACGUGGCUAAAGAAGUCGAACAAUUGUCUCCUCUACUAGCAUUUUCCAUACUCAUGAACAGUGUUCAACCAGUUCUUUCUGGCGUUGCUGUUGGUGCCGGAUGGCAGAGUAUUGUAGCCUAUGUCAACAUUGGCUGCUACUACUUAGUAGGCAUUCCAGUUGGAGUUGUGCUAGAUUAUGUUUUCAAACUGCAAGUUAAAGGUGUUUGGGUUGGAAUGAUUUUUGGUACACUGGUCCAGACAAUUGUUCUACUUAUAAUUACUUUGAAAACUGAUUGGGAUAAACAGGUUAUAAUUGCUCAACAGAGAGUAAAGAGAUGGCUUGUAGAAGCUGAACCCAAUGCUGAUUCACAAUCUGCUUGAAGUCGAAGAAUUUCCUCUGCUUUAUUGAUCAUGUAAUUUCAUUGGAUUAAAAUCUGUACUAUGAACAUAUAAAAAAGUGGACGGGAACAAAAAAAUUGAGAUGAACUUGUGGCGUUCACUAUUAAGCCCAUGCUCGUGCAUUCCCUUC